AAAUCAUUGAGGCAUAAAAGUCAAUGGAACAAAAGAAUGAUGUGUUUAUUAAGUAAAGUCCUAUUGACUUAUAUAUGGUUGUUAGGACUUUACACUCUGUGGGGAUUUCAUUUAAUGCCAAGUGUUACCUUUGCAUUUAUGUAAGUGAGGCUUCUAGUGCAAUGGCGAUCAAGGUGUUCAGGCUCCCUAACAGCAUCAAACACUUGGACAAAGAAGAAGCUGAAAGAAUUGUUCAAGCAAGAUAUGAACAGUCUAUCUUUUGAAAUGCAUCUGUUCGAAUACGGGCAAUUCAAGCUUUGUUA